AUGCUCCGCCCCCGAGCGGCGCGGCGGCCCCUGUGGUGCGCGCCCCCGCAGCGACAGCUCUGGAGCUACGCGACGGACCUCUUGACGUGGAUAGGGCUCAGCCGCCCCGACGCGUCCGACCGCAGUCGGGCGAGCGUCAACAGCCCACCGCCACCACCGCCGUCGCCGCCUUUGUCUGCCUCUCGUCUGGCCCACAAGCGCGUGCUGAGGCCGCAGCCGCCCGUAGACGCGACGUUCCCGACGUUCCAACGGCCGCUGGACCCGCUCAAGCGCAAAGGAGCGACCGCUGCGCUCGGCCACUUUUUGCAGCGCGUCAAACAGGCGCCAACAGCCGCCCAGUUGCUCGAGACGUGGCAGACUGUCGCGCAGUGUCGGCCGUUCUGGCUGCCGCGCCAGCCGACAGGGCGUCUCGACGUGCGACUGGCGGCUGCGCACGACGUGGGCGUCGAGGACCGGCCGUGGAUGUUGCAGCUCGUGCCGACCGACGUGUUUCUCGAGCUCUCUGCAGGCACUUUGGCGCGCUCGAUGGUCGUAGGGACCGCAGGAGCGGACCUGAACGCUGCGGACGUGGUCGUGGCCAACGAGACGCUCGUCGUAGGCAACCUGGUCCAAGCUUUCCACGACCUGCACGAGCACGAGCUCGUGGUGGCGUUCUUUGACGCUUACGACAGCGAUCGGCGCGUCUGGUUGCAGGAGCACUCUCGUCGUGCAGCUGCCGACGGGGUACGUGAUGAUGGAACGAAUGGGAGCGAUGACGACGACGACGUCAAGGUGCAAGUGAUAGAAAAGAGAGGCUCAAUGGAGGAAGUCACGCAGCUGCCGCACGUCGUGUAUUCGUGCUAUCUUCGCUCUCUGGCUACUCUGAAGCAGUCGAAGAAGAUUGUGCAGCUUCUCGAGACUGACGAGCGCCAGCUGGAGCGGCUCUGCAGCACACUGCCCAACUUGCAUCUGAUUCUCCACGCGUGCCACAGCGAAAAGAACGGCGAGCUGGCGCGACGGGCGAUUGACACGAUAUCGGCAUUCUCUCCUGCUGCUGCCAUAUCGCUGGGUUGCUACGAACUUGCUAUUCGAGCCAACUUGCGUGAUCGCAAACGUGGUGAGCGGGAGUUGCUGUCGGCGAUUCACCUCUCGCGAGCGCUGCUGAACGAUGCUGGCUACAUUCUCAAACCUGACAUUUGGGCCGGGCUCAUCAAGGUGAGCAUGUGUAUGCAUCGACCGGAUCUUGCGCUCGAAGUGUUCAAAACGUAUCCGCGCCACUGCAUACCUGAGUAUCAAGACAGCUUCCGUCAGGUGCUGCUGUCAGCCUGUCGCUACUUGGAUUCGACGGCGCUCGAAAUGAUGCAUUUCUGCUGGACCAGCCACGAGGCCAAAACGUGCGCACGUGAGGAGCAAACAGUGCACGAAGACGGUCUUUGUCUGGAUGAUGAUCUGGAUGGUAGAGGCUCGUCGACGGGAACUGCGGUGCAAGCAGCAAAGAACGCUGCAGCGAACAAAGAGGCCGAAACGGUGCUGCUCAACGCUAUAUUUUGGCAAAUGCUCAACCAACGCCAUGCCGUGUCGUCCCUUGUUCAGGUUGUCGACAUCAUGGAAGCCACUCGCUCGAAAGCUGGUGCCAUGGCGUUGGAGAGAGCUGUGUUGCGCAUGCUCACGCACGACAUGAGCGAAAAGAACAUGUCGCCCCGUGCUGCCAUCGAGAGCUCACUGAAGUUCUGGGCCGCGCGUUCUUCCGUGCUAUGUGGUCAGGGGUUUCUCGUGCGCCUGCUGCUCAAGGAGUGUGUAAAGCACGAGUGGACUGACGAGUGCGAGAUGCUAUUGGAUCAUGUGUUGGACGUUAGCGUCGCUCGCGUGCCGAUCCAUUCGAUCAUCAAGUUGAUGGAAACGAACGAAUCACGCGGGCGCUUUGACGUCAACGCUCGCAUCGGGGACAAGCUCCUGCAAGGGCUGUCACCGAGUAACCGGCAGAAGCUCCGCGACGACUUUUACGAGCGCUACCUGAUGAGCUGCCUUCGUCUGGAACAAUUUGACAAGGUGGGCAAAGUGCACGUCACGUAUAAUCUUGAGCGGCGGUACCCUUUCAACGACGCCAUCCGGACGAUUGCUCAGGAUGCAGCCGCGCAGUGUGUAUGA